UGGCAAAAUGGACUGGGACCAAGGCGCGGUGACGUCGCUCGCCGGCGGCGCGGGCAGCGCAGGCAGCGCCAGCACCAACUCCAACUACGACUUGACGCGGCGCUGCGUGAGCUUCCUCCGCGGCUUCCGCGAGGACACGACCUUUGUGUACCGGCAGCAGCUCACGUCGCACGUCCGCCGGUCGCACCUCCUCCUCGAGAUCGAGCUGCGCGACCUCACGUCGUACGACGCCGAGCUCGGCGACAUGCUCUUGACCAAGCCAGCGACGAUGCUGCCGCUGCUCGAGACUGCGGCCGCGACCGUCGCGAAAGGCUCGACGAGCCACAUCCAGGUCGUGCUCAAGAGCGCGUCGCUCGAAUCCCUCCGGCUGCGCGAUAUCCACGCGACGCAGGUCAACCGCCUCGUCAAAGUGCCAGGCAUCAUCAUCAGCGCGUCCAAAGUCCGCGCCAAGUGCAUGUCGGUGAUGGUCCAAUGCAAGACGUGCGGCCACACGAAGAAGCUGCCUUGCCCCAACGCGUUCUCGGGCGUCCAGCUGCCGCGGAGCUGCGAGCGCCAAGCCGAGAACCAAGGCGAAGGCGCAUUGCAGAGCGAUGCGUGCGCCAAAGACUCGUACAUCAUCGUGCCCGACAAGUGCGAGUACGUCGACCAGCAGACGCUCAAGCUGCAGGAGAGCCCCGAGGUCGUGCCGACCGGCGAGAUGCCUCGGAACCUCCUCCUCUCGUGCGACCGGUACCUCGUCGACCGCGCGCCGCCAGGCACACGCGUCUCGAUCCUCGGCAUCUCUAGCGUCUUCAACUCGGGCGCCAAGCGCCAGGUCGGCGCGAUUGCGAUCCGCACGCCGUACUUGAAGGUCGUGGGCAUCGAGAUUGACGAAGAGGGCGCAGGCCGCGCCCGCGCGGUCUUUACGCCCAGCGAAGAAGAAAAAUUUCACGAAAUGGCACGCGACCCAGACCUCUACGAGAAGCUCGCGACGAGCAUUGCACCGUCGAUUUACGGUGACUACACGGUCAACAUCAAGAAAGCCAUCGCGUGUCUUCUCGUCGGCGGCUCCCGCAAGCGCCUUCCCGAUGGCAUGAUCCUGCGCGGCGACAUCAACGUGCUUUUGCUGGGCGAUCCGUCGACGGCCAAGUCGCAAUUUCUGAAAUUCACCGAGAAAGUCGCGCCCGUUGGCGUGUACACGAGCGGGAAGGGCAGCUCGGCGGCCGGUCUCACGGCGUCGGUCAUCAAGGACGCAAAAGGCGAGUUCUUUCUCGAGGGCGGUGCGAUGGUGCUGGCCGACGGCGGCGUCGUGUGCAUUGACGAGUUCGACAAGAUGCGCGAGAGCGACCGCGUCGCGAUCCACGAAGCCAUGGAGCAGCAAACGAUUUCGAUCGCCAAAGCCGGCAUCACCACGAUCCUCAACUCGCGGGCCUCGGUGCUCGCGGCCGCCAACCCCGUGUUUGGCCGGUACGAUGACAUGCGCAGCGCGAGUGACAAUAUUGAUCUCAUGAGCACCAUCUUGUCGCGCUUCGACAUGAUCUUUAUCGUCCGCGACAUCCAAGACGAUGCGCGCGAUCGGCAAAUGGCCGCGCACGUCGUCAAAGUGCACACCAACUCGCUCCAGGCGCAGGACGAAAAGCAAGGGGAAAUCGAGCCCUGGCUCAUGAAGAAGUUCAUUACGUACUGCCGCACGCGGUGUGCGCCUCGCCUCGGCAUCGAAGCCACGCAGGCACUCCAAGACUUUUACGUGAGCGUUCGCGACGAAGUGCGCACGCAGACGCAAGAGGCGACGAUCCCGAUCACGGUGCGGCAGCUCGAGGCGCUCGUCCGCAUCAGCGAGAGCCUCGCCAAAAUGCAGCUCAAGCCGCAAGCGACCGUCGAGCACGUGUACGAGGCGAUCCGCAUGUUUCGCGUCUCGACGAUGAACGCGGCGAAGGACGGCGGCACGCAGGGUAUGUUUGGCGGCUUCCACGAGAAAGCGCAGGAGGUCGAGGCUUCGAUCCUGCGCACCGUCCAAAUCGGCACGCGCGUCGAGACCCACGCACUCUACUCGAAGCUCGAGUCGCAGGGCCACAACCCGAACGCGAUCCAGCGCGCGAUUCGCGGCAUGGUGCAAAAGGGCUCGCUCAAGCAAAUGAACCAGUUCAAGUACGUCGUCCGUGCGAUUUAACUAGUUUUUACGGCGAAAUACAUACGUUGCUGCAUGUUUCGA